AUGUCUGGAGGGUGGUCACUGCUCAGCGAAAGAGGGGGGCGGGGGUGUCACUGCCAGCCCUUCCCAAAAUUCUCCUGGAGGGGUGACACAUAUGACGACACUCACGAUGAGGACAUCAGGCCUUCGCGUGUUUUGCCUGCAACGAUCUGCCCGACCUCCUUAAAUGUGGCGCUCACGGGAGCCUUCGCAAUCCUCGCGCGUAAAGAAGGAAGCUCAGCAUGUGGUCACGAGCCGCCGCUAGUGGAGCUGGAAUCACCUGCCGGCGUUUUUGCAACGAUGUACCGAAGCAUUAAGGUGGAAAACGGUCUGAAUUGUAUUCUCGAAGCAUCAGCUGGGACAACUUCUGAGGCAUGGGAAUUAGACACAUUCCAUUUAUUUCAAGAACUGUUCUUAAAUGGAAAUGUUGAUGAAGCUUGUAAGAUCCUGAAUAGAAUUUUGGGGCGCGAAGGAUUCUUGGACCAGUAUCGACGGACACGUUACUACGAGAAGCCAUUUCAAACUCGACGAAGAAUAAAUUAUGAAAAAUGUAAGGCUAUAUAUGAUGAGGACAUGGACAGAAAAAUUAAGUUUGUGCUUCGUAAAAACAGAGUUGAUCCUUUUCCUGGAUGUAUAAACAUCAUAAAAAAUGGUGCCAGUAAUGUAAAUGAAAAUAUACAGCUGCUUCAACCUGAAGACAGAUAAUUCAUCUCGGGUAAUUUUGUGUACACAAGGUGACACAAAAUGGAAGAAAGGACACCUGAAGCGCCAAAUCAGCCUCUGAUGCAAUCUCAUUCAUUACAGCAGGCUCCUUUUGCUCAAGCGAUGGCUGCAAGAGCUGAUUCUCCUUCAAGGAAGGGAGUGAAAAGCCAUGUUGUUCCUGUUAUGAAGCCUUAUGAUUUGGAAGAGAUGGACGAAGAGGAUGAAGGUGAUGAAAUUGUGCAGGAAGUAGAGCCUCCUGUCGAUGAGCCAGAUGCUCUGAACAAUCCUACAGGUAUCGCUUCUGGGCAGUAUCAUUUAUGGCCUAUGGAUUGGGGAGAACUGGAUCAAGAACGACGCAAUCGAAAGCGCCCUGCAGUGGAAGAUCUUCCAGAGGAGGUACGUGAAGAACUGGCAAGUAUGAGUGGGGCAGACACAGAAGUAAGACCAAAGACACAGAAACCAAAAUUAGAAAUUCCAGAGAGUGUAAAAGAGCCAAGCAGAGGAAGAAAAUCCCCUGCUGAUGAAGUGGGUGUAUCUGAUAUUGCGACAAUUUUGUCAAAACCAGCAAAAACGGCUGAAGACCGAUUGGCUGUACUUGAAGCCAGAGAUAAGUUGAUACGAAUUAGAAGCAAUCAGCAAAGAUGUCCCCAACUAAAGAAUGUGGGAAAAUGUCCUGAUAUGUGUCCUGAGAAAGAACGGUAUCAGAGAAUAGCUCGUCACCAGGUAGAUUACUACGAGUAUAAUAAAGAGACAAAAGAAGUGAAUCUUGGAAGUAUGGUGAAGAUUUAUGCUCGUAGUUCUGCUGAUCAGCAGAUGCCACUCCCACAUGACUUGCGCCCUGUCAGUGUGUUAUGGAUGACCAUGAGUUAUCUUGUCAAUCAAUUCAUGGACCUAGCUGAUUCACCUGGCGAAAACUUGGGAGAGUGGUAUCACUUUUUGUGGGAUCGCAUGCGAUCAAUUAGAAAGGACAUUACACAGUUAGCUCUUUGUGAUACAUUGUCAGUUCAGAUUUUAGAAAUGUGUGCAAGAUUCCACAUAUUCUGCAUGGAACGAUUAAGAGAAGAGAAAAUGGCAGUGUUUGAUGAGAAAAUUAACCGAGAAAACCUGACAAAGUGUUUACAAUCAUUGCAGUACAUGUACAAUGAUCUGUUUCUGAAAAAUGUAUCAUGUCCAAAUGAGCCUGAAUUUCAAGCUUAUUCCAUUUUGUUACAUAUAAACAGUGAUUUAUGCACUAGCACUAUUUUGGGAUUAAGAACAGAAAUGCGACAGCAUGAGAAAGUUCAAUUUGCAAUAAAUGCUUUUCUUGCUGUGACAAUGAAAAACUAUGUCAGAUUUUUCAAACUAGUAAAAUCGACCACUUAUCUGAACGCAUGCAUUUUACAUCAAUAUUUUGCUCAAGUACGUGCACAUGCCAUGCUUUCAAUCAUUCGGGCUUAUUCCAGACAGAAAAUGAGAAAUACUUAUCCCUUACCUGAACUUCAAGCACAAUUACUGUUUGAUUCUAUUGAAGAUGUUCUUGUAUUUUGCCGAUUUUCAAAAGUUCCUGUGGAAGAUAAUAACAUUGUAUUGGAAAAGACAUCUCAUCCUAUUCCUAUGCAAGAAAAGAUGAAACGUUCAUUUGUAGGAGUGGAGUGUAAGCGGCAAACUUCGAUUAGAGACAUUGUAACUGGAGGUUGCUGUCUUGCAGACACAGCAACAUUACAUAAAGUUCAUGACAGUUUUGAUGAAAAUGGUGUUCUUAAACAAGAGGCUUGGUAUGCAGAGGACCAAGAAUCAUCAUUACUUAGUGUAGAUUUGCAGGAAAUAGGCACAUUGUCAAAGAACACGGUAGUUUCUUCAGACCCUAGUUCGGGAUUGAGUGAAGUGUCAACUGUGCAAGAACAUGUCUCUCAUGUUCCUUCAUCACAUUUUAUGGUUACACAAUCAAGUAUACAGCAAACACAGAAUUCAGUGUCUUCAGAAACUCAAAAAAAUGCUUUUGGUUCUCCAAAACCUGUUAUUAGUAGUCCGCGUAUGCCUGAUAUGGCGUUUGAAAUGCAGAGAGUUCUCAAAAGUGCAGAGUCUAUUAAUGUGUCUGAAGUUGAAUCAAGUGCUAUACUUCUUGUUCAACAGAGUUCAGAAUCGAUGAAUCCUGAUCUUGGUUUUUCCUCUGAAGAGCAGUCUUCAGUGAAAGUUUUUGUUUUCCACAUACCUGAUGCCAAAUCAGAAAUGAAAGAUAAUCAAGCUGGACAGAAUUCAGGCAUUGUACCAAAAGGAUAUGCAUCACGCACAUCCAUUUUUGGAAGUGUUGGUUCUGCCACUUCUGUGAAUCGAAGUCCUGGAUCAUCAGUGUUGAGAAAUGCUUCUUCAGGUCACAGUGUGGACACCUCACAGUUGACUUUUGUGCCAAGUACAUCUGGACAUUGGGUUUCUCCAUCCCAAGAUGCAAAAACAACUGUUGUAUGUAAACAAAAUUCUCAAAAUGCAAUGACCUUAAUUGAUGCAUCUAAUAAUAUGGGAAUGGAUUCUUCCCAGCAAAAGAAUUCUGAUAAUUUGUUCAAGAGUCCUGAUCUCAUUUCAUCUUCUCCAACAUCAGCUUUGCAGUUUCCUGGAUCUUUUGGUAAUAGAAGUGGAGAUUUUUGGGGCCAAAGUUCAACCAAAACAUUACCGGUAUCUGUGCAAUCCUUUGUGAAAGAUUCUACCCCUAUUAAUCCCUUGGCAGCAAAGGUAAGUUCAACAUCCUCAAAUCAGUUUCCAGUAUCGGUUCAUGCGCUACCAUCUCCAACUUCAAUGGAACCAAGUGAUGCACGACCAAGUGUUAGCCCAUUAACAGGAACUCAAGCCAUUUUUCCAAAUGCUUCUGUGCAGUUCUCUUCUCCUUCCAUACAGUCUCAACAAAUAACUGAUGCACCACAGAAAAGUCUUCAUGUACCUACAAGAGCUGUAACUGUUUCAACUUCAGUUUUUGGCAUGCAUUCCAGACCUCUUACAACUCCCCAAACAUUCCCACCUUCAGAUAUAGCUUCAUCCACCAUUGUUUCUUAUCAGACCACAUUUAAUACACCUGCAUCAAAUUCCACUUUAAUACCUGGAAUGCCUAAUGCAGACAAGCCAGCCAGUGCUAUUAAUAACUUUUCAUUUUCAUUGAAUAAACCCAUAACAAUUACAACUUCACAUGUUGCAAUACCCAUUCUAUCUCCGUGUGUAGGAGGGCUUUUUACUAGUGAUGAAUCUCCUCUAAAUGAGAUAACUAGUAUUUCACCGGAGCCUGACAGUGAAUUUUUUAUAGAUGUAGUUUCUGAUAGAGAUGAAGAAAAUAAUACUGAAAAGUUGGCUUCUUCAAAAUUAGGUAAGAUAGAAGCAAUGUCACCAACUGGAGGACAUGUGUCCCUGCCUUCUCCCAUUAGGUCCUCUAACUUAAGGAAAGAACCCUCUUCUAUCUCCAAAAUUUCGUAUCAGGAAGUGGUGGAAAAAAGAAACCAUAGAAUUAAACAACUAGUGUGUGAGAUAUUUCGACAGUGGAGGCUCUUUGCCUACAGGUCAAAACUCAAACGACGAUUGCAAUCACAAGAAAAGUGUGUCACAGUGACAACAAAACUCUCUUUAGAAGAGCAAGUCCAUGAACUCCCUAUGCCUAAGGGUUGUGUUGCUGUGGAUUACCAAACUAGAUUAGAACACCUGCUAGAUCUUGAAGAAAUCAAACUUCCAACAUCUGUCUUUCCUGAUAUUCCCAAAAUAAGGUUAGAAAAUGUUCUAAGUACAGUUUUACCAAAGGUUCAACUCGAAAAAGGAAACCUUGAGACAAAUCUGUUUUGGAAGUUGUGCUUAUCCCUUCCUAGUGAAUUAGAAGGCAAAAAAUUUGGACUCCAACUUGAUGAGUGGAUUGCUGCAACCUUCUGUGAAGACAGUGACAAUGAUAUUUUAAGAAUUAACAGAACUCCUAUUGGAGAAAAAUACAAUUUAUUUACUUCCGUUCAGAGAACAGUUGGUGUUGUUAAAGAGGUACUGAAAGGUGUGAAUGGUCUCCUGUUUUUUGCUCCUCAGCGCCUUCGUAAUAAAAACAAUGCCUUUGAGCGAUACCAAAGCUUGGUACAGUCAUCCUCUCCCCAAGAGUUUCCUCUUCCUAUAGUUGCAAUAAUCAGUAAUUCUCAGUGGGUAGAAGUGUGCCAGAAGUGGUUUACUUCUGAUGUUCAGAAAAAGAGAAUAGCUGCUUUUAAAAUCAUUGGUCCAUUUGGUAAAAAAAGUGUCUGUGUUUCAAAAGAGCUGAUAGAUGGAAUUUCCUGGCUAACACAGUACAUCAGACCAGCCCCUCCUUUUGAAUAUUGGCUGUUGAAAGAAGUAUUUUUAAUGUUAAUGAGAGAUUUGUGGACCCGGGUUCGUUUCUCCUUGUCCUGCAGAUGUUCAUCAGGUUUUGUUCAGCAUCCUGAUGACCUCCUUCAUUUGUAUAAUGAUGCUUUAAGACGCCUUCACAGAAUGAUUGCAAAUGAUAAAAUGCAUGAUUAUGGUGAUGUAGCUCCUGAACUUGAGGACUUAGCAAAACAUUCUGUCUGUGACAAAUAUAACUGUAGCAUAUUUUUGAAAAAUCCAGAAUAUUGCAAGCAAAUAAAUGAUGGAUUCUCCCAAGUUCAAUUAAAUAUUUGUGUACCUCCUACAGAAAAACUUUCAGUUGAAUCAUUUUGUGAAGCUGUUUAUUCAUACAAUCCAAGAUUACGUGGUCCCAUAUAUCACUUUUUACGAAGUUGGAACAAGGAUGAAGAUGUUGAUUGGACUUUCAUUGUGGAAUCUCUCACAGAAUUACAUAUUAGAGAAACAAUUGGAAAGUUAAAACUGUGGAAAUUAGUAGUUGUAUUUAUGAAAAAUGAUAUAGUGAAGUUUCGGUCAGAACCUUGGUAUGCUGGUUGGUUAUUAGAUCGCCUUCCAAAUCAGAAACACAGUGAAGAGGUUUUGUCAGACAAACUCUCCCCUGCUGUAUCGAUUGAUUCAGAUCUGCCUGUCGCUGCCAAAGAGGGAGAUGUACCUAGCAUUGAUGACGAUGAGAAACUUCUUUCUGAUUUUGAAUCUAUGUUAAAUGCACUUGAUGAAUUGAAAAAAGCAGACUUGAAACAUGAUUCAAAUCUGUCUGAAGUGUUUUCUCCAUCUGAUUCUAAGGAUCAAAAUAAAUGUAUUCAAAUUGAUUGUUCUCAACUUGAUAUAUUAGAAUCACAACUAGAAUAUUAUGCAAAGAUUCUUAAAGACUGAGUGUAUUCUUUGUACUUUAGUAGAAUGUUUUUGUUAAUAAGUUACUUCAUGUGUAAAAUGCCUUAAUCACAAAAUGCUUUCUUAACUGUGUUAUUGAUUAAUAAUAUGACUGUAAUUUUUGCAUAUGAAUCAGAAAUGAAUGAUUGUAUCAAAUACUGUAUGUUUUUUUAAAAAAAUAACAACACAUUCUGUGAUCAGUGUUUAUAUUUCCAUUAUUUGUAUUUCCUCCUUCGAAGGAUUUUGGAUAUUUUUAUUAUAAUCAUCAGUAGACGAAGUAGAUGAUGCAAAAGUUGGAUUGUUCAUAUUUUUCUGAUGAAAAAAAAAUUAAAUAAGAAAUUAUUUUCAUUAAAUAAUUUUGAAAUAUCAUGAUUGUUCUUUACUUUUAUGUUUUAUCUGUGUUAUAUGAGGGAGUUUCUCCAAAAACAAUUUUCUCCUACACUAAUAAAAUAAGUGGAAUUUUUGAAAUUGAAAAGUACCCUUUUACUCAUUUAAAUGGGAGUGGAAAAAUAUACUAAUGUUCUUCAUCGGUUGCGGGUGAAAGGAGCUGGCUCUGGAUGUCAGAGCUGGGCAUCUUAGAAAGUGGAUCUCUUGCAUGCGUUCGAACAUAUUAUUGAAGUACAUUCGUUAGGCCUACUACUGAUAGGAAUUAUGACUGUUGAAGGAAAAUAUGUUUCAACAUCAACAUUGCAUAGUAAUUGUAUGAAUUUGCAAUUAUUAUCCAGUUUCUAUGACAAGUUGACAUUUCUCUUGUAUAAUAUCUUUCUAGUGAUUUAAGCAAGUCUGAUUUGAGAGUGGAUAGAGCCGGUAGGAAAGUUUUCUAGGCACGCAAACUGGUUCGCACUUAUAUGCUGUAUGCCGUGAGCAUGGUAUUAUUUCCACCACUAUUUCCUCAUUCACAACGCAUAUGUAAACGUGACGUAGCCGCAAAACCUAAUAUCCGUUCAACUACCAAAAAACCUGAUCUAAACAAUUGUACGUUACGAUGAUUCUCGUUGGUUUGCAGUGUUGCCAGAUAGUUGAAAAG